AUGUCGCUAUCUGCCGAAAGGGAAACCCAUUCAUUUCGCGGUUCUGAAGCUCACAAUAAUCUUCACCGAAUUCUCCAAUCAUGCCCUAAAUUAGUCGAAGUUGGAGAUUCUAACGAGUAUCAAAACACCGUCUCCGAGCUUGUUAAUUUCCUUGAUUCUUUAUUGGAUGCUACUCUGUCUGAUCCAGACAAUGAACAUAAAGAGAACAAUGCAUUUGAAGCUUUGUCUGAGAUCCAUCAGUACAUCUUUUCUUCGUCUCUUGACCAGGAAGUUGUUGAUGCUCUUUCCUUUGAACUGCCAAAGGCUGUUUCAAAAUUUGCUGGCAUUUCAAGAAAGUUUUUGGACAUGGCAAUUAGCAUCAUUGAUCAGUUUAUAGUGAAAUGUGGUCCAAGGGAUAUGCUUUCAAUUCUCUGUGAUACAUUAGGUUACUCAAGUAAGGUGACCAACGCUGCCAGUUACAUUGUCCCUCCUUUAUCAGGGCUCUCAAAGGUCCUUAUUUCCAUCCGGAGGCGUCAGUUUGAGCAAGUAAAAGAAACCGUUCCUAUAAUUCUUAAUGUUUUGAAGGCUGUAUGUUUGGAGUCAGAUGAAGAAGAACUUGAUAACGUCUUUGACAGAGCUGUUGAGAUUGCAAAUUCUAUAUAUGAAGUUUGCGACAAGUUGGUGGAUAAUGCUGCAAGGGAGAAACUCCGAGCUCUCCUUGGUUUAUAUGUCCUGCAAUGCUUGGCUCUUGUUUCAGCUAGGAUAGACUACAAAGCUUCCGGUUGUCAUUCAUUAGUAUCACAAUUAUCACGGAUUUCAUCCUAUUGUGGUUUGUCUUAUCUCAGUCUAGUAACAACUUAUGAUGCCGAUGCUGUGGCUAGCACUGUUUUUGGAGAAAAUAAAGAUGAUUGUAUGGGUUGUUUAUCUCAUGUCAAGCAUGGCACUGCUCUAUCAGUUAUUUGGGGGCAUGUCUCAGAGGAAGUUGCUCAAGCUGCUAAAGAAGAUAUGAUUGCGGUCAAAGAUGAGUUAUGUAAUAACCAGAUCAAAAGGUGGCAAGCAAUAGUAGCAUUAAAACAUGUACUUUCCUUUGUAAGCCUGCCGUGGGAGUUAAAGAAAUAUACUAUCAACUUCUUGCUUUGCAUCACAGAUGGAGAUAUUCGUGGAAACUGCGAUGAUGAACAUUCCCAGUGGCCAUCUUAUAUGCCAAAUAUUUUCUCAGCUCUACAGGCUGUUAAAAUGGUUAUCAUGUAUGCUCCAGACCCAGAACUUAGAAAAAAUUCCUUUGCUGUGUUAAAAGGAGUACUCGCUGAUAUUCCAAUUUCUCAAAGACUUGACAUCUUGGAAGCAUUGAUUACAAAUACCGACUCUUCCUCCAUGAUUGCCAUUUUGGUCGAUCUUGUUCGGAGGGAAAUGCACACAGAAAUCAACAAUAGUACGUCAGUAGUUAAAAGCACCCAACAGAUUAAUAGCAACGAACAUUCAAAUAUAUCAUUUUGGACUCCCAGCGUCCUUAAAUUUGUGGAGCGGAUUCUAAGACCUCCACAGGGAGGACCUCCUUCCCUACCAGAUCAGAGUGACGCGGUGUUAUCAGCUCUCAACUUAUACAGAUUUAUAUUAAUGACAGAAUCUACAGGAAAGACAAACUACUCCGGAGUGUUGUCGAGGAGCAGCUUACUCAAGGUCUACAACGAAUGGCUGCUUCCUUUGCGUACCCUAGUGACAGGUAUUAUGGCCGAGAACAAGAGUGAUUAUGACGAACUUGCAGUUGACACCGUAUGCACCUUAAAUCCACUCGAGUUGGUGUUGUAUCGGUGCAUUGAGCUUGUAGAAGAGAAGCUAAAGCAAGUCACAUGA